AGAAGAGUCACGCCUUGCCGGCAACUUCAGUCAUGCAGUCAUUGGAAGGUGCAGCAAGAUUAUCCACAUGCAAGACGUUGAAGAGUUCCUCAAUAAGGGGGGAUUUAAGGAGUUCAAACUUAGAAGACUGAAAUCACAAGAGAUUCUCUUCAUUUUCAAAAGGAAGGAAGAUUACCUAAGAUGGUUUCACCGGCGCAAAUGGAACAUAAAAUCCUCAACAAUCACCCUUUGCAAAUGGUCUGUUGACUACUCACCCUUCAAAGACUGUCCAGUUAUUCCAGUAUGGGUAGAAAUCAAAAACAUUCCUUUACAUCUUAGUGAUCAAAUUCCUCUAUACUCCAUAGCUUCAGCACUGGGAAAACCACUGAAACUGGGCAGGAAAACAGCCAUGGGAAUCUAUCCGGGCAGUGCUAAAGUCUGUGUAGAAAUGGAUGUCUCCAUUUCCAAACCUCCUAAGAUUCAUCUUAGACAUGGCACAAGAGACCUAUGGCUACCUUGCUCAUAUGAAGAUCAUCCCCCUUUCUGUUCAAAAUGCCUAAGGUUUGGUCACCAGCUUUUCCAUUGCCGGAAACUCUCAUCUCAUGCAGAAUUGUUGGGGCCCUCAGGAGCGGGAGGUUCAAAGCAAGUAUGGAAAAUGGUCAUGCGGAAGGUUCCAAAACCCAGUGAUGAUUUGAGGCUUAAGGCCCCCACCCCUGGUAAGCAUCUCCAAAACCCAGUCCUUUUCAAUCCUCCACAAAUACCUCAAUCCAAAUCAUCUUCUGGCACUGAACAACCCACUACCUCCUUGGAUAUGGAGGUCCUGUUAUUGCACAGGAAACCCCCAUCACUCCUCUUGAGGUGGACAUCUCACUUUGCUCCAAAGUCUCAAUGCCUUUACAAAGGCCUGAACAUUUUGCUGGCUAUGCCACAAGGAGCAAAACAAGAAAGGAUGUACCUCCCAACCCCCCUUCAUGAAGCUUCUGUUUUGGAAUGCCUGUUGGAGGAACUUUCUUUUCAAACAGAAACUGAAUACGAGGCUAAUCCAACCCAAGAGAAUAGGGAAAGAAUGCAGAAAGCCAAUGCUGAGCUCAUCCUUGCAACCAAGUUGGAGGUACAAUACUGGAAACAGAAGGCAAACAUCAGAUGGGGAGACAAUAGAAAUCUGCUCAAACUCAAGGUCACUCUAGAUAUAUACCUCAAGGCUACUGGGCAAGAGAUCAACCUUAACAAGAGCAGAUUCUACACAUCAAAGCACACAACCAGCUCCCAAAAUCAACACAUGGAGAAGGCUCUAGGAAUUAAAAGAGGGAACCUACCUUUUACCUAUCUCGGAGCUCCUAUCUGUAAAGGGAUACUGAGAAAAGAGCGCUGCAAAGAUAUCUUGGGACAUUUUGAAAAACUUAUUCACUCAUGGUAAAGCAAGACUCUGAACCAGAUGGGUAGACUUAUACUAAUAAAACAUGUUUUCUCUUCAAUCCCAUUACAUACCCUUGCUGUCCACACCAUUCCCAAAUCAAACAUUCACACCCUCAACAGAUACAUGGCCAACUUUUUGUGGGGACAAAAGGAAGGAUCCCAUAAACACCACUGGGUUAGAUGGGCACAAAUAACAAAACCUGAGGUAGAGGGAGGGCUGGGGAUCAAAAGCUUAAAGGACCUACAACAAGCAUACACUCUUAAACUUUGGUGGAAGGCAAGAAAUGACAUUGGGAUAU